AUGAGGUCUCGGGACGCAGAGCAUCCGCUCUCUCUAACUCUGCCGCCCCUAAAGAAAUCGGCUAAUCUUACAGAGGCUGAGACGCGGCAAGCUCUCCGACAGCUACACGAAUUUUCUUACUAUCCCGUCCCUGAAGUCCUCGAGCUGGAAGGAUCCGACAAGAGCCAGGAUGCAUCCGCUCCAGACUCUGGUUAUGCCUCCGAAACCGACGCUGACGAGGCAUCCAAGGGAGAAAAGGCAGUUCCGCUCUACUUGGAUCCCAUAGAGCGUGACUUUGCCCUGCGUUGGCUUACUGGCUUCAUCGGACAAGCCUGGGAAUUCCCUCUGAGCGAUGACACGCGCGACGAAUUCGUGGAUGCUGCAUGUUCGCUGCUCUCGCACUUGACGCAUACGGAAGAUGAAGGCAAGCAGCAAGACGAAGAUCCCGGCAUGACGCGACGAUUUGUGUUCUCAAGUGGCGACGGCGCCAAGGACCUCGUGAUCGAUCUCAACGAUACUCCCAUGCAGCUGGGUGACGACCAUGAAGAUGUCGGGCUGCAGACGUGGGGGGCGUCCAUCGCAUUCUCGCAAAUGUUUUGCAAUGCGCCGGCAAAAUUUCUACCAAGCACGAAGGAGCUGGGUUCUACGACACGAGUCGUCGAACUUGGCGCGGGAACAGGACUCGUCAGCCUGGUUCUCGCAAGCGUAUUAUCAUCAAUAGCCGCUUCACAACCGUCAAUCGUUGCGACAGACUACCAUCCCGCCGUGUUGAAGAACCUGCAAAGGAAUGCAGCCUCCCACCACAAACCAGGAUCUACCGCUUUGGUUCAAGUGGCUCAUCUUGAUUGGUGUGCGCCGACGCGGGAACCUCCUCUGGACGUGCCGGCAGACAUGAUCGUUGCAGCAGACGUCGUCUAUGCUGCAGAACAUGCUCGAUGGCUUCGUCAGUGCGCUGCGUACCUGCUCGCGCCCGAUGGCGUCUUUUGGCUGAUGGCCUCUAUCAGGCCCAAUGGCAAAUUCGCCGGCGUCUGCGAUUCGAUAGAAGCCAUCUUCGCUGAGCAAGACACCGCUGCCGCGAACGUCCGCGGUCAUUUGAGGAUCCUGGACCACCAGUGGAUAGACAAGAAGCACAAUGUUGGGCGAGCGGACGAAAUCGGGUAUAAGCUCUUCAGAAUCGGAUGGGCGUGAAAUACCCGCGGGUACCUAUU